AUGCCUCCCAAGAAAGUUUCCGGCGGCGCCGCUCCUGUCAAGGAAAAGAAGCCUGCUGCCGCCCCCGCUCAUGCCUCUUACAAAGAUAUGAUCAAGGAGGCCAUCCUCAACUUGAAGGAGCGCAAUGGAAGCAGCCGUCAAGCCAUCAAGAAGUAUGUCAAGGCAAACAACAACAUCACCGUCACGUCCGAGACACAGUUCGAUUCGCUGUUCAACAAGGCUCUGAAAUCUGGUGUGGAGAAGGGUGACUUCCAGCAACCCAAGGGCCCCUCUGGACCUGUGAAGCUGGCAAAGAAGGAACCCAAGCCUGUCGAGAAGAAGCCUGCCGCCCCUAAGAAGGAGAAGGCUCCUAAGGAAGCCAAACCAAAGGCCGCUAAGCCAAAGACUGCUGCUUCCAAGGCAAAGACAGCCACUGCACCAAAGGUCAAGAAAGCCGCCGCCCCCAAGAAGACUGCCGCCGCUAAGCCCAAGGCCAACACCGCCACCAAGCGAGCGCCCAAGACCAAGGCCAAGACCGAGGCUGCCGCACCCGCCGUCCAGGAUGUUCCCACAGUCCUGAAGAAGACGAAGUCAGGCCGUGUGACCAAACAGAAGACCACCGCGACCACCAAAAAGCCGGCUGCGAAGAAAGCGACAGGCACAAAGAAGGCCGCCCCGAAAAAGGCGACACCUAAGAAGACCGAGGCCGCUGCAUGA